CGCGGAGAGAGUGGAGACGUAAAAAAAAAAAAACGUCACACGAGAUUUCCCGGAACUCUGAACUUCUCCGGUUUUCUCACUGAGCGGUUGUAGGAGCUGCUCUGAAGACGGAAACUUAAUGUCGGACUUUGUUGAGUGAACCAGACUUCCUUCCUUCCCUGUGACCCCCCUCCUCAGAAGCAGACUUGGUGCUGAGCGUCAGUAUGAGAUGUCGCCUCCAAGCGCCUCUUUCGUGCAAAUCAAGUUCGAUGACAUCCUCUUCUACGAGAACUGUGGCGGCGGCAGCUUCGGGAGUGUGUACCGAGCCAGGUGGAUCUCCCAGGACAAAGAGGUGGCGGUGAAGAAACUGCUGAAGAUUGAAAACGAGGCUGAAAUCCUCAGUGUCCUCAGCCACCGGAACAUCAUCCAGUUUUAUGGUGCAAUUGUUGAGGCUCCUAAUUAUGGAAUCGUCACCGAGUAUGCGAGUGGGGGAUCGCUGUAUGAUUACCUGUCCAGUGCUGAGAGUGAGGAAAUGGACAUGGGGCAGAUCAUGACAUGGGCUGCAGAGAUUGCCAGAGGAAUGCACUAUUUACACUCAGAGGCCCCCGUCAAGGUGAUCCACAGAGACCUCAAGUCCAGGAAUGUUGUUUUGGCAGCAGACAAGGUUCUCAAGAUCUGUGAUUUUGGGGCAUCCAAGUUCCUGACCCACACAACACACAUGUCCUUGGUGGGCACGUUUCCCUGGAUGGCUCCGGAGGUGAUCCAGAGCCUGCCUGUGUCUGAGACUUGUGACACUUUCUCCUACGGUGUGGUGCUUUGGGAAAUGCUCACCCGUGAGAUACCCUUCAAAGGCCUGGAAGGUUUACAAGUGGCCUGGCUCGUGGUGGAGAAAAAUGAGAGGUUAACCAUCCCGAGUGGCUGCCCUGCCAGCUUUGCUGAGCUCAUGAGGAACUGCUGGGCAACAGAGCCAAAAGAGAGGCCAAUGUUCAAGCAGAUCCUCUCUACUUUGGAGUCCAUGUCUAAUGACAGCCAACUUCCUCAACAGUGCAACUCUUUCCUGCACAACAAGGCUGAAUGGAGGUGUGAGAUCGAAGCGACACUGGAGAGACUUAAGAAGCUGGAGAGAGACCUGAGCACCAAAGAGCAGGAGUUGAAGGAGCGAGAGCGCCGUCUAAAGAUGUGGGAGCGCAAACUCAUCGAACAGUCCAACAGCCCGCUCUUCUUACCUGUGGCAAAAAAGAUAAGCGCUAAGUCGUUCUAUCAGUCUAAGACGGAGGAGUCAAACAGUUCACAGAUGUCGUGUCAGAUCACAACCUCUGGUAAUGAGGAGGUGAAUCUGCAGUCAAUGAUGAAAGGCUUUGAAGACGUGUUUUCCUUGGACUUUGGCCGGCCUGUCCUGCACUCAGGCAUGCAGGUCAACAUGCAGGCCAGGCAGAACUCCUCCGUGUCGAGCUGUGUCAGAGAAGGACACAAAAUCAACAUGACUCUGGGGAUGGGACACUUCACUUGGUCUGACGACAGUGAAUGAAGCUCUCCGACGCUCUGUGUUGCCGCAGCUGCAUCUGUCACAAACUGUAAUCCCACUUAACGCAUUAUUGGUGUUGUAGAAGCUCUGUUUGUAAUGAAUUGCUUGUUAAGUCGUGAUUAUUUUCAUCAAUAAUCAUGACAAACACCGUAAAUCAUAUCUUGGCUUAAUAUCUGUUCAAUUUAUAUUCAGAAAUAGCUCAAAUUGCACAGAAAGAUAUUACAGAAUGUAUUUGUAGCCCUCCACCUAUGGAUAUUAUGGAUGUCAUUUACCGUAUGCCUAAUGUACUAGAUGUAUAGUGCCAUGCUGUGAAGAAAGAGCCACGUGAGCCAGUUGCUUAGAGAAGGCCAGGCUUUUAUGAUGAAGUGACAUUUUGCUGACAUUAAGAUUGGCCAAUUUGUUCUGGAUGUGGUGGAGUGCAGUUGUUGAGACGCAGUCUCUUACAAGGAAGAGAAAGUACAUGUUUUUUCCUCUGACUGACCCAGGUUCAAAACAGCAGGAGAGGGACUUUGCUGUGUGACUGUCAGCUUCAUUCUCUCAUUUUACAUUUUACUUUUCAAGACAGGCUUCUUUUCUUAGGCCUAUGUUUUUUUAAUUAAGAAAUAAUUUAUAUAAGAAAUAGGCUUGGGCGGUAUAAAGGUAUUACGGUAUACCACGGAAUUUAAAAAUCUCGAGGCUAAGAUUUCAACACGGUCAAAAACACAAAUGCUCCCCUUUCUAUUAAACUGAUACAGAGAUACUGUAUUGAGGUCAUGUAUUAUAGUGCACAGCACACGCCUCCAGAGGUCAGUGUCUACUAGUGGAACAGGCAGCUGGGGGGAGAAAGACGGUGACUGCGAGCGGUGGGGAUAACGUUAAAGGAAGAGUGAAAAGAAAAAUGCCAGGGUGUCCAUUAGCUCACCUGGUAGAGAAGGUGUCCCAUAUACAAAGGCUGUGUCCUUGCUGCAGUGGCCUCAGGCUCAUGACAUUCCCCCUCUUUCUCCACCUUCCAUGCCAAUACUGUCCUAUCGAUUAAAGGCAAAAAGCCCAAGAAAUAAGAAAUUAGUAUUCAAUCAUAUAACUUUAUCUUGAAAAGACGUCUUCCAACUUCACAAGCAAUUUAUUGGCUUGAUUUUAUCCCACAAGUCAUCUCCAUUCAGCCCAAUGCUGUGUCAGUGUCCACUGUGGCUAAAAGUUUCAUCAGGUACCAUAAAAAUAAAAUAGCAAACGCUCUGUGCUGGAAAUUCACUGUACUUAAAACUAAAGUAUGUCUUUCACAAAUUUGACUUGCGCUCCAUUCAGAAUGGAGCCAGACCCAUUUUUGGACCGUGACCCACCAGUUGGGAACUGCUGAGCUACACAAUGACAUACAUGCUGCAAUGACUUCUGUCACCAGUAGCUAUGGCUGUGCUUUUUUAUUUUUAAAUAAAUUUUAAUAUAAAUAUCAUCAUACACUGUAUACCCCGAUGAAGUGGGUAUGAAGGUAUGAAAAACUAGAUACUGCCCAAGCCUAAUAAUAACAAUAGUUCUGUUCUUAAAGACCUCAUUCAGAAGUCACAGACACUAUAUUUUUGCCUAAUAUAGAUUUUUUUAAUAGAAUAUUUUCCUUCUGUAGACACAUUUUACAUCCAGUGGCACACCAUAUUGUCUAACUGAAUGUUAGCCUGAAGCCCUGCACUUUACAGUAGAGAAAAUUGUAUUAGCAUUAGUGUUCAGUUAGCUGUUAGGCUUCAUCUGGGGGAAGGACAUGCUUCUUUGAGCAUAGCCCAUUAAAUUGUCCCCUUCGCUUGUUAUCAUCAGUCAGUCUCAUGAGGAUGUAAUCCUCUGUAUUCCUGUGUUGUUGCUUGUUAGCGUCCUGCCAUGAGCUAAUAUUCCUAUUCAAACAUCGCCUGCACUCCUGUGCCAUCAAGCCCCACACACACUAGACUAGAUAUAACAAUUAGCACAGGCUCUCACCAAUAUUUACAUUUCCCUGUGUGAAUGCCAGACACUUCAGAAACAUUCAGCCUACGCACUCAUCUCCUGGAGGUUUCACCAGAAUCAAACGACCUGCAGCUUCUUGAUGUGACUUAUUUUCCUUCGCUGUUUUGUCAAUAAAUGUGUUUCUGUCAACUCUC